UAUUCAGAACAUGGCUUUUAAGCCCCUUUAUUACCAAACUGGAACUUAUCUGCUGCGGAACUUUUUCCGCCCGGAGCGAAAGACGCGUUGCACAGCACCAAACCAAACGGCUGGCCAACGACACGAAACGUCAACAACCUGCGACACGAGGCAUCGUUACGGUAAACAAAUGAAAUAAGUGUUUUCUUUCAAUUUACGUUAAACUGCUUUAAUUCCAGAAACAUUUAUUUAAGAGCAGUGUCACUGCGAUAGCUGUCGGACGAAUAUUUAGUUACACCUCCUGGGAACUAUAAACCCUCCAUCUCGUGUUUCCCGGGGUUCGUUUUAAAGUAACACUUCAACCAAAUCGUUGUGAUGACGUCAUAAAAACACGUGAUGUUUAUCUCAUAUUCAGAACACCGCUUUUGAGCCCCUUUCAUUACCAAACCGGAACAUAUCUGCUGCGGAACUGUUUCCGCCCGGAGCGAAAGACGCGUUGCACAGCGCCAAACCAAACGGCUCGCCAACGACACGAAACGUCAACAACCAGCGACACGAGGCAUCGUUACGAGCAUCGUCACUGUCGGACGAAGCUUUAGUUCCAUCUCCCGGGAACUAUAAACCCUCCGACGUGUUCCCCGGGGUUCGUUUUCGAGUCGGGACGCGCAGCAGAACCCUCGGCGGAGCGGACAUGGCCAACACCGGCGUCGACAUGGACCCGGAGGUGGCCCGGAGGCUGUUCGAGGAGGGGGCCACGCUGGUGCUGCUGGGCGUCCCGCUGGGCACCGAGCUGGGCAUCGACUGCAAGAGCUGGCAGGUGGGCCCCCGCUUCAAGGGCGUGAAGAUGAUCCCCCCCGGCCUCCACUUCCUCCACUACUCCUCCCCCAGCUCCCCCAGCUGCGGAGGGGAGGCGGGCCCCAAGACGGGCCUCUUCCUCUCGCUGCGGCCCCGGGACCUCCUGCUGGCCACCUGGGACCCGGACGAGGAGGACCUGGACUUCUCGGCCUCCCAGAGCGAGGAGGCGGUGAGCCGCGCGAGGGCCGGCCUGCGCGACCUGGACCCCUUCCUGGGGCCCUACCCCUACGAGGCGCUGAGGAAGUGGGUGUCGCUCAGCGACCGGCUGAGCGCGGAGCAGGCGGAGCGGCUGCGUCCGCUGUCGGGCCGCGUGCGCGCGCUCGGCGACGUGGUCCCCGAGCGGCAGCUGGCGAGCGCCGAGGACCGCGCGGCGCAGCCGAGGAACGACGCGGCGUGCCGCAGCAUGAGGGAGGGGCUGCGGCGGCUGCCGCGCAUGAAGCCGCGCGACGGCACGGAGGUGCGCUUCUCCGUGGUCCCCGAGAGGAAGUACCCGCCGGGCGCCACGCCGGCCGAGGUCACGCGCUGCAGCCUGGACCAGAGCGACGCCCUGGAGGCGCUGCUGCGGGCGCACCACCCGCUGCGGCCGCUGCAGCUGCUGGGCGAGCUGCAGUUCGCCUUCGUGUGCUUCCUGCUGGGCGGAGCCUACGACUGCUUCGAGCACUGGAAGAGCCUCCUGGCGCUGCUCUGCCGCUCCGACGCCGCCGUGCGGACGCACGCCGCGCUCUACCUCGGCCUGGUGGGCGUGCUCUACCACCAGCUGGGGGAGGUGCCGCCCGACUUCUUCGUCGACAUCGUGUCGCAGAGCAACUUCCUCACGUCCACGCUGCAGGACUUCUUCCAGUCCGCCGCCGGGCCGUCUGUGGAUGCCACGCUGCGCAAGCGAGCGGCGAAGUUCAAAGCCCACCUGACCAAGAAGUUCCGCUGGGACUUCGACGCCGACCUGGACGACUGCGAGCCCGUCGUGGUGGAGCUGCCCGGGGGCGGAGCCACGGAGGAGGAGCUGCCCGAGGGCGGAGCCAUGGAGGAGGAGGAGCUGCCCGAGGGCGGAGCCGCGGAGGCCUGAGGCCGCGGGGUCGAUGCCCGGCCGCCGUUCGACUGGACUGAAAAAGAUCGGGGACGCCGAGGGCGAGCGGCGGAGGACCGAAGACCCGGAACGCCUUCCACUCGCAUCGUGUCCCGGGGCGGCGGCGCCCUCUGGUGGCGGGUUCCUCUCAGGCGCCACGAGGCCGUCGGAGCCACAGUUGCGACACAUUUAUUGCCAAAUUCAGUUUUACUGGGGAAAAAACAUCAAUGGACUACAAACAGAGUCGUUAUCUUCCUCAUCGAUGAUGAUGAUGAUGACAGAACCGCCACAUAAUAACCGCAUGGUGGAGACUUUUUCUAUUUUUUUAUGCAAGUAAUCCUAGAUGUGCAGGAUUGAGAGAAGGAAAUAAAAGUGACCUGUGUGUUUAUUAUUAAAAAUAAAUCAUGAUUUUUGUUAA